GAUAUUUUGGAGGUUAAACCAUUCACAUAAACAGACUGCCAUGCUAACUUAGCUAGCUCUUUAGCUCGACAGUCUCUCACUGAGCAGGCUUGACAGCAUCUACAAGGUUAGCUCUGUUCGGUCACUUGGCUAGCCUGUGCCUCGUUUCACUGACCUACAUCAUCGACUGGGGGAGUGUCAUACUAACUUGAAUAUAUUUAAUGCUUGAAUGUAUUUUUACAACGUAAAUGAGUUAUAUAGAGCCAUGUCUCCAUCAGUGCCCCUGCAGGAGAUGAUCCGGGCCAUCAGGUCAGCGAGGACGCAGUGUGAGGAGCGCGGUGUCAUCCAGAGGGAGUGUGCAGCUAUCCGGGCACAGUUCAGACAAGCUGACAAUGGGGGGCGAUCGCACAACCUGGCUAAGCUGCUCUAUGUGCACAUGUUGGGCUACCCAGCUCACUUUGGUCAGAUGGAGUGUGUUCGGAUGAUUGCCAGCCCUCGCUACAGCGAGAAGCGUGUGGGAUAUCUUGGAGCCAUGAUGCUGCUGGAUGAGAAACAGGACGCCAGCUUGCUCAUCACUAACUCCAUCAAGAAUGACCUUUCUCACAGUAACCAGUAUGUGCAGUCUCUGGCUCUGUGCACGCUGGCCUGCAUGGGUUCAGCUGAGAUGUGCAGAGAUCUGGCACCAGAGAUUGACAGGCUGCUCCGAGCCUCCAACUCCUACAUAAAGAAGAAGGCUGCUCUGUGCGCUGUUCACAUUGUGAGAAAAGUCCAUGAUCUGGGGGAGCUUUUUGCGCCCGCAGCUCGUUCCCUCCUCGCUGAGAAGAACCACGGUGUGUUGCAUGGUGCUGUGGUGCUCAUCAUUGAGCUGUGUGAGCGGAAUCCAGAAACCCUAGAGCGCUUCAGAAAGACAGUGCCAGAUCUGGUUCAGAUCAUGAAAGGUCUGGUCCUUUCAGGUUAUUCUCCAGAACACGAUGUGGCAGGAAUCAGCGAUCCCUUCCUACAGGUACGCAUCUUGAGGCUGCUGAGAAUCCUUGGUCACAACAACGAAGGCGCCAGUGACGCUAUGAAUGACCUACUAGCUCAGGUGGCGACCAACACUGACAGCACUAAGACUGUGGGCAACGCCGUGCUGUAUGAGACUGUUCUUACCGUGCUAGACAUCAAGUCGGAGAGCGGCCUCAGGGUUCUGGCUGUGAACAUCCUGGGAAGAUUUCUCCUGAACAACGACAGGAACAUUCGGUACAUUGCCAUGACAUCUCUUCAAAAGAUUGUUGGGACAGACCACAAUGCAGUGCAACGCCACAGAGGAACCAUAGUGGACUGCCUGAAGGACCAGGACGCUUCUGUCAAGCGCCGCGCGUUGGAGCUCUCCUUGGCGCUGGUGUCAGCCUCCAACGUCCGCUCCAUGAUGAAGGAGCUGCUCCUCUUCCUCUCCUCCUGCCCCGCUGAGCUGAAGGCUCAUGCUGCCAGCGGCAUAUUCAACGCCGCAGAGAGGUAUGCACCCUCCCAGCGCUGGCACAUUGACACCAUCCUGCAUGUCCUCACCACGGCGGGGGGUGACGUGAGAGAUGAGACGGUGCCCAACUUGAUCCAGCUCAUCACCAACGCCUCAGAGCUGCACUGUUACACCGUCCACAAGCUCUACCGAGCCCUGCUUACAGACAUCUCUCAGCAAUCCUUGGUGCAGGUGGCGUGCUGGUGUAUAGGAGAGUAUGGAGACCUGCUGCUGAGAGGAGAGUGUCAGGAGACAGAGGCUGUUCAGGUCACCGAGGACGACGUCCUGGACGCCUUGGAAACGGUUCUGCAGUCCCACAUGUCGUCCCCGGCAACCAGAGGCUUUGCUCUGACUGCCACCAUGAAACUGAGCACCCGCAUCACUGAUAAUGUGGAUCGCAUCAGAAGCAUCGUCAGCAUCUAUGGCAGCUGUAUAGACGUUGAGCUCCAGCAGAGGGCAGUUGAAUACAAUGCCCUGUUCAAAAAAUAUGACCACAUGAGGGCAGCAGUGCUGGAGAGGAUGCCUGUGAUUGAAAAGAACUCCCCGGGUCAUACCAACGGAGAGUCAGCGGGGGAGGCCAUUAAGGACAUCCAACCAGCCAAAAUCAAGCAGGGAGAGCCACUGCUGCCCCCGCAACCUGCUAACCAGGUGUGUGAUCUCUUGGACCUGCUGGGAGGCUCUGAGGAGACUCUGCAGCCCAGCCCAGCAGUAGGCGCUCCAGCACCGGGCCUGCUCAUCAACACAGCCAGCACUGCUGGAGGAGACCUCCUGGAUCUGCUAGGAGUGUUAGAGCCUGCACCCCUCGCACCAGGUGUGACAGCUCCUACAGUGCCAGUGUAUGAGAAAGACGGUGUGACUUUGACACUAAGUUGUGAGAAACAGUCCGACACGGGCCUGACAGUCACACUAACGGCCUCCAACUCCACUGACUCAGACAUCAGCAGCUUCACCCUGCAGGCCGCAGUGCCCAAGAGUGUCCAGUUACACAUGAAGGCUCCCAGUGGGGACUCUCUUCCUGCAAGAGGCACAGCUAAGGUGACCCAGGUGGUAGUCCUUAACAAUCCAAACAAGGUGAACCUGAAGAUGAGGGUCCGCAUAUCUUACACCAGCCAAGGAUCAGCCUUUCAGGAUACAGUCCAGAUCGACUCCUUCCCUGGACUCGAUGCUGCCGGCCAGUGACGGCAGCCAUUAGGUCCAUCGGGACUAUGACAACAGUCUGUGGAUGAGUCAGCAGGCAUCGCCCCUCACUGACGGAAGGUUUUUUUUUUUUUCUGUGCUGUCACACCCUGUAUACUACCGUCAAAGCUGCGGUUUCUGAAAUUCCUGAUGUUUCUGGUGUUUUAACAGCUGAAGAACCUCGUGAACUUGCAUAGUUUCCCCCUCUGGAAUCCAAGUGUAAAUGUGACUGAUGGCAUUAUUUAACGUGGCACAAGCUUUGGAAAAUGCCCUUAUAUUAUGGAAAUACUAAAAUAUCAGUCGUUAUGGGAUUUUUGCAAUGACAACUCUCCGUAGAAACUUUUUUUUUUUUUUUAAAGCUACUUGUUUCACUCCAUAAAUAUGUACUUUCAUGUGGCUCCUGUCAGUCAGUACGUGCCACUAGAUCAAUUGUCCUCACAUAGCACUCUUGUACUCCCUUUCAAGUGACUUCCUUUAUGAACUAUUUGCCUUUACCAUCUUCGUCUUUGUUGAAAAGCAGCUAAACGCUAAUGACCCACUACUAUUAUUAUAAAAUGCUCCUAUCCAGUACACUUGAUUUUACUGGGAAACACAAGGACAUACGUGAGCUUGAAGGGUGUAGGAUUUUAAACCCAACCUUAUUCUGGUUUCACACCGUUGCAACCACCUACCUGCAUCAGUGUAUCCCAAAAAAGCAAAGCAUUUUUAAAAGCUGUUCCUUAGCCCGGUGGUUACCGCCAAAAGUUCAGCGCGGUGACCUCUGGGCAACCGAGCAGAAUCUGUGCAUGGUCACGUGGGCGGCAACCACUUCCUACCCCUACCACCGUGAUCAAAACCGCUUCGUCAUUGAAAUGACUGGAGGCAACGGGUUACCGUGGGCAGUGUUAAAGCCCCUUUACGUGUUGCAUAUUUUUCAGCUGAACAGCUCAGAGUAUCCUGCUAAUUAUCCUGUGCCUUUCAUCCUCUCAAGAACUGAGGUUUUCCCAUGUACAAAAACAAUUAUAUUUGGUUUUGGAGGCCAAUAAAUGGUUUUAAAUGUAAGCGGUGGUCAUUUAAACAUGUUUUUAUCAUUCCCAUUUAAGCAUGCUUUUCCUGACUAGUACCUCCUAUUCUAUUGUUUACAGAGGCUCCAGAGUUACUUUAUUUUCAGAAGACUGUGUAUAGUGAUACAAGAAGAAUGGGCAUGACACUGUCUACAAGAUCUAUACUCAGCAAAAAAAA